AUGGUCAUGACAGCAGGCAGUAUCUCGACGUUUAAUAUUCAACAUGGCUACAUUGAAGGAGUAGUACGUGGAUUUCGAUCAGGAUUCUUAGAUGAUGUAGAUUAUCAUCAUUUAACACAAUGUGAAAAUCUUGAAGAUGUAAAGUUAAAUCUUCAAGAGACAGAUUAUGAUCAAUUUUUAGCCGAUGAGUCAUUGGGUACUAUUUCACCUGCCUUGAUUCAAGUUGGUACGACGAAUAAACUCGUGGAGGAGUUUCAUUUUCUACGUGCUCAGGCUAUGGAACCAUUGGGUAAAUUUCUCGAUUUUAUCACCUACGAGUACAUGAUUGACAAUAUGAUUUUUCUACUGAAGGGAACUCUUAAUGGACGUGAUGUGAACGAGCUCAUUGGACAGCUCCAUCCGCUUGGAAAAUUUGAUGAAUCGAUCAUGCGCACCAUUUGCACGUUCGAGGCGGACGCCAAGGGCUACUCAGAUCUGUACGAGACCGUGCUGAUUGACACCCCCAUUGGGACGUAUUUUAGCCAGUUUCUGGAAGAAAGCGCAGGAGGUGACCGCAUAGACGGCACAUCUGAUACUUUUACAAUUUCUGUCAGGAGAUUGGCGGUGACACGGCUGUCAUCAUGGGGGGAAAUUCUCAAGGCGCGGGCUGACAGUAUUGCGAUCAACAUUACAUUGAACUCGUUUGGCACGCCGUUGAAUGAGCCUGCGAUGCGGAUUUCGGACCGCAAGCCGUUGUAUCCAUCCAUCGGCUCGCUGUACCCUGAUGCGACUGCGCUGUUGGCGGAAGCCGGCGACGAAGCCGCACUUGGCUCAGCAUUGGACUCGUUUCCAGUAUAUCGUAAGAUUUGGGAGGUGCAUCAGGAUGAGGGCGUGGACAGCAAGUCCAUCGAUGACGCGUUCUACGAGCGCGACGUUGAGAUGGCGGAAUUGGCAUUCCAGAGUCAAAUGCACUUUGCCUGCUUCUACGCAUACGUAAAGCUGAAAGAACAGGAGGUGCGCAAUUUGGUCUGGAUCUGCGAAUGCAUUGUACAGAACCAGCGUGAUGCGAUCAACAAUUUCAUUCCAAUCUUCAGUGACAGCGUCCCAUGGCGUAGUAAAGGAUCACGCAAGCAUUAA